CUUAAAGUUAUUAAAAAAGAAAAAACAAAGUUCAUUAGAAAAAAAAAAAUAAAAUAUGACUAUUCAUUCUAACAGAAAAUCUUAACAACAAUUAAACAUAAUCAUAUUUUUACUGAUUAACUGCAAAAAAAAAAAAACACUCUUAACACUUAUUGAAGUCACAAGGGCUAAGAGACGACUAUAACAAUUUAGUUAAUAACUGGAAAUUAUUUAGUAAGGAAAAUCCAUUCAAACACUUAAGAACUUUAAGAAGCUAAAAAAUAAUUAGAAAUGGCUUUAGCAAAUGAAGAACGUAUGCUAAAACAUCUGUUUGAUGGUGGGGACUGGAAUGUUUAUGAAUCAAAGAUUUUAAAUUUGGGUGUAGGGGCACCUGGCACCGAUUUAUUGGAAAAUUGCAGUGACAUCUUUAUAAAGGCCACACAACACAGAUUGAAGUAUGAAAAAGAAAGCAAUUCUUCAUUAUUAUUUCAAUAUGGACCUACUAGUGGCACCUAUGAGGCUAGAUCAGCUAUUGCUAAGUAUUUUACAGAAAUGUAUCAAAGUGAGGUAAAAAGUGAAGAUAUCUUUAUAACUAGUGGCGCUACACAGGGUUUGCAUGUUAUACUCUCCACUUUAGUGGAUUUUAAUGGUUACAUUUUUGUGGAUGAAGUAACUUAUAUGAUUGCUUUGGAUACUAUGAAACAAUUUCCUACUUUAAAUAUAAUACCAGUUAAACUAAAUGAAGAUGGUGUUGAUUUAGCUUUACUGGAAAAGUUGGUUAAGGGAAAACAAUUUAAAUCGCAAAAUAAAGAAUUUUGGGGCAUGUAUUAUACCAUACCCACCUAUCACAAUCCUACUGGUAUAUUGUUUUCGGAACAAGUAUGUGAAGGCUUAAUAAAAUUGGCACGUCAAUAUGAUUUCCUUAUAACCUGUGAUGAUGUUUAUAAUAUUUUAUAUUAUAAAGAUAAUAAAGCACCUAAGAGAUUAUUCGCCUAUGAUAAUAUAAAAGAUAAGGAAUUUAAGGGAAAUGUUAUAUCUAAUGGCAGUUUUUCGAAAAUCUUGGGUCCAGGCGUUAGAUUGGGAUGGUUGGAAAUGCCCAAGAGAGUUAAAACUUUGGUGGAUAACAGUGGUCUGGCUGGUAGUGGUGGCUGUUUAAACAACUAUACUUCUGGCAUAGUGGCCAGUUUAUUUGAAUUAAAUUUGGGACAACAGCAUAUAAAACGUAUGUAUGAUGCCUAUAAGGAACGCAUGUUGGCCACCAGUGAGGUAUUGUCCAAAGAAUUACCCGAGGGUUGUAGUUCUUUAGCUCCCAGAGGUGGUUAUUUUAUAUGGGUUACUUUACCCUCAGAUUGCAGUGCUGCUGAAUUUCUAAAAGUUUGCAUGGCCGAAGAGAAAAUAUUCUUUAUUCCUGGUUCAAGAUUUGCUGCUAGCACUGGUGGUGCUUCAAAUUGUUUUAGAUUAUCUAUAGCUUUUCAUGAAAAGUCAAAAUUACAAGAUGCUGCCUUUAGGUUGUGUAAAUGUUUGAAGAAAUAUUUGAAAAAAUGAAAGCGGAACUGACAACAUCUUAUUUUGAGUUUUGUCUUUAAUUAUUUAUGUAAAGUAGUUCUUAUGUUUUUGUUUUAGUUCUAGACAUUAGUACUAGCUUUUAAAUAAAGUGUUACUUUUUGUGUAAAA